AUGGAUGCAUUUAUAGAAGCUACUCAUUUAGCUGUGGAUAUUCAAUUGAAAGUUUUACAAACAUUACCUUCAAUGUUUCAAAUUUAUGGACAAUUUAUUAAUGGUCCAUUAGUUUCAAAAUUAUUAUUAAUUUGUUCAAUGUUACAAUCUCCUGGUAAAACUCCAAUGGUGGUAAAUACAUCUGCUGCUACUCAACAACAAUUAGUUCUUUCAUUAUUAGAUAAAGUUGUUGAUGAAGAUAAAUCUGAUGAAGUUGCAAAAGAAUUCACUGUGAAAAUUGAUGAAGAUGAAGAUUUAAAAAUUGGUUCUGCAGCUUAUGAUACUUAUAGACUUUUGAAUGAUUUAUGUGCAUUAAUUGAACGUCAACCUCCAAAAUUCCUAACUUUUAAAUUUUUACCAGAAUUAUUUGGUUAUGAACUGUUGGAAAAUGUUUUAUCAAAUUAUCAAAAUGUCUUUUUAAAUCAUGUUGAAUUAGGAUUUAUAUUAAGAACUAAAAUUACUCCAUUAGUCCUCAGAUCUUUUUCAAAUCAUAAAGAAUUCCCAAUAGUUGUUAGAGUUUCAAGAAUUAUAUUUUUAUUAAUUAAAACUCAAGUAUCAAUAUUAGAAAUUGAAACAGAAGUUAUGUUAUCAUUAUUAACACAUUCAAUUUCAAAAGAAUCAACAUUACCAUAUUGGAAAAAAAUCUUAUCAUUAGAAAUUUUUAAAGAAAUCUUUAAUGAUUUUAAACUAGUUAAAUUUAUUUUCACAUCAUAUGAUAAUCAUGAUGACAAGAAAAAAGUUUUAUAUAAUUUCUUAGAUGUUUGUUCAGAAAUUAUUAGAGAACCUUGGGCCACUAAAAUAUUACAAGUUAAUGAUAUUGUUCUAGUUCCAACAACUGAACAAGCUAUAACUAUUCAAAAUAGUAGUUUAAGAAUUCAAUAUCUUGAUCUUUUAGAUAAAAAUGAAGCACCACCUGCACCAAGACCAUAUACAAUUUAUUUAAUUUUAUCAUGUACAAAUUCAUUUGCUGAAGGAAUUGGUAAUUUUGUCACUGAAAUUUCUACAACAGAUUCAAAUACUUAUGUUUUUUUCAAUGAAUUAACUUCUGAACAACAAGAACAUAAUAUUGAAGCUCAACAAAUUAAAUCAUUAGUUACUUCAAAUUCAAGAAGUAUUAUAUCUAUUGGUACUGAAUUUUUAUAUGCAUCACUUGGUAAUGAAUUAUUUCAUUCUUUAAUAAGAGCUUUACAAAAAUUUUGUCAUGCUUCUGGUGUCUUGGGAUUAAAUGCAGAAAAAAAUUCAUUAUUAACUUUAUUUUCAAUUGCCACUAUAAGUAAUAAUUUUACCAAGGAUAAUAAUAAUAAUAAUUCAAAAUCUUUAACUAUAAGUGAAACUAUAGUGGAAACUUUAAGUCAUACCAUUGUUUCAUCUCCAUCAUCUCCAUCAUUAACUAAAAUUCAUCAAAGAUAUCUUAAUUCAAGACAUAUUAUAAUAUUUAGAGCAUUUGUUAGUCUUGUUAUAGCAUUAGGUCCUACUUUGAAAAAAAGUUGGAAAUUUUUAUUACCAACUUUCCAAUGGUUUGAUUAUUAUAUAAAUGGUCCAUCAUCAACAUUUUCAUUUAAAGAACAACCACCAAAACCAGACUUAACACCUGCCGACUUAAAAUCAACAGAAAGUUUAUUUAUAAAAUUAUUUGAAAGUACAGUUGAUUAUGAUAAUGAAGCAUUUACAGAAACUUUAGAUGAAAUUAUUAAAAUUGCAAGAUUUGUUGUUUUCAAUAAAAUUGAAACUACAGAUCCAAUAGUUGAUGAUAAAAUUACAUUAUGCCCUUAUAAUAGAGAUUAUUUUAUUAAGAAAUUAGCAGUUAUAUCAAGAGUUAAUGCUACUAGAUUAUUAGAAAAACAAAAUAAAAAUUGGUCAAGUAUUGCAGAGGUAUUAACAGAUACUUCAACUUCUUCUGAAAUUGAUCCAGAAUUAAGAGUUGUUGCUAAUGCAACUUUUAAUCAAUCUACAAAACAUUUAGCAGCAGUGGCUUUUUCUUCAGAUUCUCAAUUUGAUGAAAUUUAUAUAGAAUCAGAACUUUUAAAUUCAUUAGCAACUGUUGUUGAUAAAUUACUUUCAUCUUUAGGUGAAGCAAAUAUUUCAAAUUCAGAAUCUGAAAUGAUUCAUGAUACUUUAGAAACACUAAAUGAACUUCUUGAUAGAUUUGGAACUCAUUUAUCACAUUCAUGGGAAUCUGUUGUUCAUAUAAUUAAUUGUCCUUUUAAAUUUUUUGAAGUUUCCAAGAAUUUAGGAUCACAGAAACAAUUGUUAAAAUCAGCUUUUGAAAUUUUACAAUUAUUAUUAAAUGAUUUUUUACAAACUGUUCCAUUAAAUAUUCUUCAAAGUGUCAUUAACGUUUUAGAAAAUUUCAUCAAUCAAGAAUAUGAUCUGAAUGUUUCAUUCUCUGCUAUAAGUUACUAUUGGUUAAUGAGUGACUAUUUCCGUCAAUUGAUGUCCAAUCAAUCACCUUCAGAUAAUAAAGAUGAAAGUUCGAAAAUUCGUGAUAUUUGGUUAUACCUGUUAGGUUCUUUAGUGAAUUCUUUUAAUGAUUCAAGGUCAGAAGUUAGAAACGGUGCCAUACAAACAUUUUUUAGAAUUGUUGAAUCACAUGGUACUUAUUUGGAUUGGGAUAUUACUUAUGAUACUGUUAUAAAAAAACUAUUAGAAAUAAAUUUCAACAAAAAUACAAAUGGUAAAACAGAAAUAGAUCCAGAAUAUCAAAAUAGUAUUUCUAUAGUUUUAAAAGGUUUGACUGAGCUAUAUAGUCGAUUCUUUUUAGAAGUUUCAAGUACUGUAUAUUGGGGAGGUUUGAUAUCAUUUUUCAAUAGACUGUUAUUGUUGAAAUCCACAAACAUAACUUUUUCUGUUUACAAAUCAUUCCAUCAAAUUGUAUCUUCUUUCAAGAACAUUGAAGAUGAAAUAUUUGAAAUAUUAUUUGAUUUUUGGUCUUCACAAGCAAUCACUUAUGUUAUUUCAGAUGCUGAUAAAUAUCAAGAUGCAGUGGAAGAGCUCAUAUCUUCAUUCAGUUUUAUUUACAAACCUAAAAGAUUAUCUAGUAACCAGAUUGAAAAAGCACUUACAAUCUUCAAUAGUGCAAUAAGAUUCCCAUUCUUGCCAUCUUUCACCAAAGAUAUAACAAAACCAACAAAAUUACAAGAUGUUAUUUUGGAUAAUUUAAAAUUAAUAGAUGCUGCUGAUGAUUUUGAAAUUUUAUCAUUAAUUUUAUCACAUAUUUCAUCUAUCACUUUGUUACCAUUCCAGACAAGAACUAGAAUUUUAAAGAAACUUCAAGGAAAAGGAAAAGAAGUUCCUAGCUUUAUAGCAAUAAGUGAAAAAUCUAUUGAGUUACUAGACAAAUAUAUAUCUUCCAUCACUGAUUUCGCAGAUAUGAUCAACAACAAAUUAUUUGCUAAAGUUUUCAAGAAUCUCUUGGAGGCUGUUCAAAGUGAAAUAGAAGAUGAAGAUCACAACAAAAACCUUGAUAAAUAUGAACUAUGGAAAAAAGCGUCGAUUGUGCUGUUGGAACUCAGUUCAAAAGUUGCUCCACUUUUAGAAAGCUCAAAUGAAGAAGAUAAUGCUGAAUCCAAGAAAGAAAUUUGGCAAUUAAUUAUAAACUCAAUCAUUUCUACUACACCUGUUGCAAAUAAAAAUCGAGAUGAAAAAUUCAACAUUGAAAUUUAUAACAAAUAUAAAAGCAAAGUCUUAUCAUACGUUGAUCAAAGUACAAUUGCACCUGAAGUGAUUGAAGAGUUUAUCAGAUCCUUAUGGCAGUCAUCAUUUUUAUAUGAAAAGGAUGAAAUUGAAAAAUACCUUUUUGAGACAUGUGAUACACCAAACCAAAUCUCAGAAUUUAUUUUAUCUAAACCCUUCAAUGAUUAUUCAACAGAAUCUAUUAAGAAUCUAUCUCAACAAAGUUUCAGAAAAAUUUGUAUUGAAGAUUUAUUCAAAUUUAGCGGAAUUUCUAAUGAUUAUUUUGAAGAAGGAAGCAAUGCUUUGAAAAAAAUCUUUAAAAUUUCUUUACCAUAUCUGGUAUCUAGGUUGUUGUUGUUAUUGAAAAGAUAUUCAGGAUCUCAAAAACUUCUUAAUAAUGGGCCUAUAAGUUCUGUCCAACAAGAAGAACAGAUAAUCACAUUCACUUUGUUACAACAAUUAAUAUCAAAGAUACAAAAUGAUGAAAGAGAUGAUUUUAAGCCAUUAUGGAAUGUGUUCCCUUAUUUCCUACAGAAUGUUUCCUCUUUAUCUAGGCAUAAAGAAUCAGAGGUUUUAGUUAGAAAUAUAACCAACGAUUUUUACUACAAACAAUCAUAUAAUCAAUAA